AUGGCCGGGCGGGGAUCCAGCCCUGAGCCACGCCGGGACACCCGCAGCCGCCGGUACCUGGCCGGACCGGGCUGUACCAGCACCGUGUGCGGCCGUGCCCCACCGGCUUCCCCAGAACCGGGAGCGGCCGUCCCGCUCCCCCAGCGUUCGGCCCCUGCCGGAGAGGCGAGCCCAGGUUUAGGCAGCGGCUCUUUGAUUUCUGAAAAGGGAAAUGAAAUGCAGGACGGGCAAGGGCGAAGGCAGGGGCUGAGCCGCGGCGGGGAGCAGGGCAGCCUCCUGCCACUGGGUGGGCCGGGUACACACACGCCCACCCCCGGUCCCAGUCCCGGCACCACAUCGGGGCUGCGGGACGUGCAGUGCCCCGGGACCGCGGCCGGAGCCUCGCAGGAGCAGAGAGCUCGAAGAUGCCGAUGCGGAGGAAGCGACUUUAGGGUGUCCCCUACGAAAUGGUGUCACACGCUCAGUAUUUUCGGGGGGAGUGACCGAUCCGGCUAUGAAAUGGGCUCUAUAUCGGAUGCGGCCGGAUCGAUGGAGCUGAUAACGGCGAGCUAUAAAAGGCCGGGGGGCGGCUGCGGCCGCGCUACAAGCCCGAGGCGCCGAGCCGGGAUGGGGCUGCGCCCCGCCGCGCUGGCGCUGCUCGGCCUGGCGGCCGCUGCCGCCUCCGCGCUGCCGCUGCCGCUGCCCGACGCCGGCCCGCACCUCAACUACGGCUGGGGAGAGCCCAUCCGGCUGCGGCACCUCUACACCGCCAGCAAGCACGGGCUCUUCAGCUGCUUCCUGCGCAUCGGCGCCGACGGGCGGGUGGACGCGGCCGGCAGCCAGAGCCCGCAGAGUCUGCUGGAGAUCCGCGCCGUGGCCGUGCGCACCGUGGCCAUCAAGGGCGUGCAGAGCUCCCGGUACCUGUGCAUGGACGAGGCGGGGCGGCUGCACGGGCAGCUCAGGUAUUCUACUGAAGACUGUUCCUUUGAGGAGGAGAUUCGCCCAGAUGGCUACAACGUGUAUAAAUCCAAAAAACAUGGAAUAUCGGUGUCUUUGAGCAGUGCCAAACAAAGACAGCAGUUCAAGGGGAAAGAUUUCCUUCCCCUGUCUCACUUCUUGCCCAUGAUCAACACCGUGCCCGUGGAGUCAGCAGACUUUGGUGAAUACGGUGAUUACAGCCAGGCCUUUGAGCCAGAGUUGUUCUCCUCGCCCCUGGAGACAGACAGCAUGGACCCGUUUGGCAUCGCCUCUAAACUGUCCCCAGUGAAGAGCCCCAGCUUCCAGAAGUGACUGUGCUCCCACA